GCCUGUCGAGCAAGUCAUUGAAGUGCCGGUCCCUAUGAUGCAGGAAGAGGUGGUGCAUGUGCCCAAGAUCAUGACGGCCAGCCGCGUGCAGCAUCAGCAUGUGGAGGAGCUGGUGGAAGUUCCGAUCCCCAUGACGCAGGAGGAAGUCGUCCACGUCCCCAAAGUCAUGACGGCCACCCGACAGGUGCAGCAACCGGUGGAGCAGGUGGUGGAGGUGCCCAUCCAUCAGAGGAGGGAAGAAGUGGUCCACGUGCCAAAAGUGGUGACCCACACCCGCACCUCUCAUCAGCAUGUCGAGCAGACCGUGGAGGUGCCUGUGCCGAUGCAACAGGAGGAACAUGUUCACAUUCCCAAGAUCCUGACCCAAACUCGUCAGAUCCAGCAACAGGUGGAGCAGAGCGUGGAAGUGCCAGUGCCCAUGACUGAGGAGGUGAUGGUGCACGUGCCUAAGAUUAUGACCCAGACUCGUGUUCGUCACGAGCACGUGGAGCAAACAGUGGAGGUGCCAAUUCCACACACCCAGGAGAAGGUCGUGCACGUGCCCAAGGUGAUUACACAGGAGCGCGUGACGCAUCAACCUGUGGAAACCACCAAGGAGGUGCCAAUUCCCAUGGUGCAGGAGCAGGUCGUGCACGUGCCCAAGGUGGUGCAACAGGAGCGUCAGCAUCACUUCCAUGUGGAGGAGAUGGUGGACAUUCCGAUUGAACAACCGGUUGAGACGCAGGUCCAUGUGCCCUUAGUCAGUAAGGUGGAGCGCAUCGUGCACAACCCCGUGGAUUUGGUCGUGGAAGUGCCCAGACCUGUAGUGGUCGAGAAGUCCGUUCAGGUGCCAAUGAUUCAGGUGGAGGAGAAGACGGUGCGAGUGCCUAAGGUGCUGAACACCGUGGUGGACACGGUGGUCCAACACCAGGUGCAGAACGUCCAAAUCGUGCGGCCCACAGUGGUGCACAAGGUGGUGCAGAGAAGGAAACCCAUCGUACAGGAGCGAGUGCAGCACGUGCCCAAGGUGAUGGUCCAACAUGUGCCGGUGCAGAAGGUGAUCGAGAAGCAGGUCCAUAUUCCUCAGAUCCAAUACGUGGAUGAGUUCGUCGAUGUGCCCGUGGCACGUCACAGGCGUGUGGCCAUGCCAGCGGCACAGGCGCCCAUCGUCCACAAGCACGUGCAUGUGCCCAUGGUGCAAAAGGUCCAGAAGACUGUGGAGGUGCCUCAGAUCCAGUUUGAAGAUCAGAUCGUCGAGGUGCCUGUGGCCAAGCAGGUGAACGUCCCAGUGGUGCAGACCAUGCAGAAACAGGUGGAGGUGCCACAGAUGCAAUAUGAAGAUCAGAUCGUCCACGUGCCCGUACAGAAGCAGGUUCAUGUGCCAAUGGUGCAGAAGGUGCAGAAGGAGGUUGAAGUGCCACAGAUCCAGUACGAAGACCAGGUCGUUGAGGUGCCAGUCACCAAGCAGGUGCACGUGCCCAUGGUGGAAACCGUGCAGAAGCAGGUGGAGGUACCACAGGUGCAAUACGAGGAUCAGGUGGUGCAUGUCCCCGUGGCCAAGCACGUUCACGUCCCCAUGGUUCAGACGGUGCAGAAGCAGAUUGAGGUGCCUCAAAUCGAAUAUCAAGAUGAGAUCGUGGAGGUUCCCGUUCAGAAGCAGAUCAAUGUGCCAAUGAUCCAGAAGGUCGAGAGGAGUGUGGACGUCCCUCAGAUUCAGUACGAAGACCAGGUGGUGCAAGUGCCUUUGGCCAAGCAGGUGCAUGUGCCAAUGAUCCAAGAGAUCGAGAGAACCGUGGAAGUGCCACAAGUCGAGUAUGUGGACAAUGUGGUGCAGGUGCCUGUGGAGAAACAAGUACACGUGCCGAUGAUCCAGAAGAUCGAGAAGACCGUAGAGAUCCCCCAAAUCGAGUACGUGGACAACCAUGUGCACAUCCCGGUCCAGAAGACGCGACACGUGCAUGUCCACGUGCCAGUGGAACGUCCAGUGGAGGUGAACGUCAUCGAGACCCUGGAGAAGGUGAUUGACGUGCCAGUGGUGAAGCAAGUGGAAGUGCCUCAGGUUCAGACCAUCGAGAAGAUUGUGGAGGUUCCUUUCGUCCAAGUGGUCGAGAAGGUCGUGGAAGUACCGCAGGUUGGAAGCACCACCCAGGGCUCCGUGCGUGAAGUCGACGUGGAGACCGAGCCAACCAGACAGGAGGAACCUGCACAGGUCGUGCAGCAGGUCAUUGCCGGAACUCCUUAUCCUGUGGAGCAUGCGGCUCCAGAGGUCAUCGGGGCCUCCCCUGUGCCCACGCAGACAGAGGAUGCACCGGUAGCAGAGCCCAUCCAGACAGGCGCUUGAGCCGCCCCUCGGCGUUGACGGCUCGGAUCCGGGGCUGAUGAGUGGUAUUGGUCCUUCGCCAUUUUUGGGAGUUUGGCAAAGGCGGAAGAAAUUCGUCUCACCUCCUGGCUUCUGGGUCUUAUCUUUUUGCGAUCGCAGCGCGGGCUGAACCGAC